ACAAAAUUUGUUGCCAAGAUGAGUAAAAUGUAUACAACCGCCAACCUCUCUGACAAAGAGUUAAAAGAAGAAGGAAAUCGACUUUUCAAUCUUCACAAAUAUGAGGAUGCUGCACACUGCUACACCAAAGCAAUUAUUAAAAAUCCAACCCAAGCACUAUAUUUUACGAACCGAGCGCUGUGUAACCUGAAAUUGAAACGAUGGGAAUCAUCCUGUCUAGACUGCAGACGUGCUCUCGAUAUCGAUCCAUGUCUGGUGAAGGGUCAUUUUUUCUUGGGUCUAGCUCUGCUCGAAAUGGAACUCUUCGAUGAAGCUGUGAAACAUUUACAAAGAGCUGUGGAUUUGGCCAAGGAACAAAAAUUAAACUAUGGAGAUGAUAUGACCAGCAUUUUAAGGCAAGCACGAAAACGUUGUUUCCAAUUGAGAGAAGAACAGAGAAUUGCUCAAGAUAUUGAAUUACAAUCAUAUCUGAAUCAAUUGAUAGUAGAAGAUGCUGAACGAAGUUUAGCUGCUUUAAAGGAACAAGAAGCAGUUAAAGAUGCAGAUAGUAAAAGUGAAGGAGAAGCCUCAUCUAUUGAAUUUACAAGGAAAAAAGAAGAGAUAGAAGAAAAAAGAGAUACAUGUAUGGCUCACCUUAAUGAUUUAUUUGCAAAAGUGGAUGAAAGAAGAAGGAAAAGAGAAGUACCUGAUUAUUUAUGUGGAAAAAUUAGUUUUGAAAUUUUACAAGAACCUGUAAUAACACCAAGUGGAAUUACAUAUGAACGAAAAGACAUUGAAGAACAUUUACAAAGGGUGGGACACUUUGAUCCAGUUACUAGAGUUCGUUUGACUCAGGAUCAAUUAAUCCCUAAUUUAGCAAUGAAGGAAGUAGUUGAUACAUUUCUACAAGAAAAUGAGUGGGCAUUAUAUUAUUAAUUUGUAAAAUUAGGUUACUGCCAUAUUUCUAUAAUAAUUGCAUAUAUCAUGAUUAUUUUUGGGUCCCAUUAAUUUACAUAAAUGUGUAUAUCAUUAUCUUGUAAACAGUAAAUAGAUCAUAUAUCUAUAUAAAGUUGAAUUCAAUUUUUUCUAUCAAUUUGAUGUAAUUUAGUUUGUUAUUUAAACAAUUGUUGAUUAAUUAAAUAAAAUUAACUAAAAUUAAAAAUAAGAAUAAAAAAAUUUUUUUAGUUAAUGAAUUUAAGACAGACAUAUAAAAUAUUAAAAAUAGCAAUAAUACAAUAAAAAUGAUACAAUAAAUGUGAUGUUAAAUAGGUCAUAUAAAAAUGUUAAAACUGUAUAUCUUUUUCCGAUAAACAAUAAAUUUAUUGUUUGCUGUAUAAUAAAA